AUGGCGGCUAUUCCAUUCUCAGCUACAUCCAAACCAUCAAAGUCAGCUACUCCUUCAACGUUCAUCUCGAGCUUCAUAGCAGGCUCCAACCACAUAGGAAGACAGUCGAGGCUGUUCUUGAUCUCAAACUCCGGUUCUGUUUCUGGCCGAGCUACGAGAAAGCUGUGUGUGAAGAAUGUGGCUGCUACUGAUCAGAAGCAAGAACCUAAAGACGUUGCCACCAAAGAAGGUAGUACUUUGGGUGCAUUUCCUCCAGAUUCUGCAUCCAUUGCAUCGAUUAUCAAAUACCACGCGGAAUUCACACCAUGCUUCUCUAUGGAAUCGUUUGGACUUCCCAAGGCAUUCUAUGCCACAGCGGAAAGUGUUCGCGAUAUGCUUAUCAUUAACUGGAAUGCUACAUAUGAGUACUAUGAGAAGUUGAAUGUAAAGCAGGCAUAUUAUCUCUCAAUGGAGUAUCUACAGGGUAGAGCAUUGCUAAAUGCAAUUGGGAAUUUGGAGCUUUCAGGGCCUUAUGCAGAGGCUUUGGCAAAGCUUGGACACAAUCUAGAGGAUGUAGCUAGGCAGGAACCAGAUGCUGCUCUCGGAAAUGGGGGACUAGGGAGGCUUGCUUCCUGCUUUCUGGACUCCCUAGCGACGCAAAAUUAUCCGGCAUGGGGGUAUGGAUUAAGAUACAAGUAUGGAUUGUUUAAGCAGCACAUUACAAAAGAUGGCCAGGAGGAAGUUGCUGAAAAUUGGCUUGAGAUGGGCAAUCCAUGGGAAAUUCCAAGAAAUGAUGUGACAUAUCCUGUGAAAUUCUACGGCGAAGUUAUUUCAGGGCCUGAUGGGAAAAAACAAUGGGUUGGAGGAGAAAAUGUCACCGCCGUUGCCUAUGAUGUUCCAAUACCAGGAUAUAAAACUAAAACCACCAUAAACCUUCGACUUUGGUCCACAAAAGUUGCACCAGCAGAAUUUGAUUUGCAUGCUUUCAACACUGGAGAUCAUGCCAAGGCAUAUGCAGCUAUAAAGAAUGCUGAAAAGAUUUGUUACAUCUUGUACCCUGGGGAUGAAACUGUGGAGGGAAAAUCUCUUAGAUUGAAGCAACAAUAUACGCUAUGUUCUGCUUCUCUCCAAGACAUAAUCGCACGUUUUGAAAGGAGAUCAGGAGACCCUGUGGAUUGGGAAAAGUUUCCUGAAAAAGUUGCUGUUCAGAUGAAUGAUACUCAUCCAACUCUCUGCAUUCCAGAAUUGAUAAGAAUUUUGGUGGAUUUGAAGAGAUUGAGCUGGAAAGAAGCCUGGGAUAUUACUCGAAGAACUGUUGCAUACACAAACCAUACAGUUCUACCUGAGGCAUUGGAGAAAUGGAGUUUAGAGCUUAUACAGGAUUUGUUGCCAAGACAUGUUGAGAUCAUAAAAAUGAUUGAUGAAGAGCUAAUUCAUACAAUCGUUGCUGAGUAUGGCACCGAGGAUCUUGACUUGUUGCUACAAAAAGUGAAAGAAAUGAGAAUUCUAGAUAACAUUGAGUUGCCUGACUCUGUCCUGGAAAUCCUCCCUAAAUCAGAAGAAAGCACCGUGGUUGAUCACAUUGAACCGAUUGAUAUUCCUGAUAACAAAACUAAGGCCACUGAUGAAGGAGACCAAUCUCUAGUAGUGGAUACUGAAAAGAAAAAAGAGGUUACAUUUGAACCAGAUCCUGAGCUGCCAAAGAUGGUGCGCAUGGCUAAUCUUUGUGUUGCUGGUGGACAUGCAGUAAAUGGAGUAGCUGAGAUUCAUAGUGAAAUAGUGAAGAACGAAGUAUUUAACGAUUUCUAUAAGUUGUGGCCUGAAAAAUUUCAAAACAAGACCAAUGGGGUGACACCGCGAAGAUGGAUUCGUUUCUGCAAUCCAGAUCUAAGUAGACUUAUAACCAAGUAUAUUGGAACAGAAGAGUGGGUAAAAAAUACUGAGAUGUUGGUGAACCUUCAAAAGUUUGCUGAUAAUGAAGAUUUCCAGUCUCAAUGGAGGGAAGUAAAAAGGAGAAACAAGAUUAAGGUCGCAUCAUUCCUCAAGGAAAAAACUGGUUAUGUAGUCAACCCUGAUGCGAUGUUUGAUGUACAGGUGAAGCGCAUCCACGAAUAUAAAAGACAGCUAAUGAAUAUCUUGGGAAUUGUUUAUCGCUACAAGAAAAUGAAGGAAAUGAGUCCAGAGGAAAGGAAAGCAAGGUUUGUUCCAAGGGUAUGUAUUUUCGGAGGGAAGGCAUUCGCGACAUAUGUUCAAGCCAAAAGGAUUGUGAAAUUCAUCACUGAUGUAGGAGCCAUUGUAAACCGUGAUCAAGAGAUAGGUGAUCUUUUGAAGGUUGUGUUUGUUCCUGAUUACAAUGUGAGUGUUGCAGAAGUACUUAUUCCUGGUAGUGAGCUGUCCCAGCAUAUCAGUACUGCUGGAAUGGAGGCGAGUGGAACUAGCAACAUGAAGUUUGCGAUGAAUGGCUGCAUACAAAUUGGAACUCUAGAUGGGGCUAAUGUCGAAAUAAGGGAAGAGGUUGGAGAGGAAAACUUUUUUCUCUUUGGUGCCAGAGCUGAAGAAAUUUCUGGACUAAGGAAACAAAGAUCUGAAGGAAAGUUCGUGGCGGAUCCACGAUUUGAAGAAGUGAAGGCAUAUGUGAGAAGUGGUGUUUUCGGUCCUUACAACUACGAUGAACUGAUGGGAUCUCUGGAAGGAAAUGAAGGUUAUGGUCGUGCUGAUUAUUUUCUUGUUGGAUACGACUUCCCUAGUUAUAUAGAAUGCCAAGACAAGGUCGAUGAAGCAUAUAGAGAUCAAAAGAGAUGGACAAAGAUGUCGAUCUUGAACACAGCUGGUUCGUUCAAGUUCAGCAGUGACCGUACAAUUCAUGAAUAUGCGAGAGACAUAUGGAGGAUUGAACCUGUAGUACUGCCAUAA